ACUGACUAAUGCAACACAGACGCAGCGCUGGCCAUGAUGCGCGCGCGCGCCCGCCACUGGCACUGCGCGGCUCCGCGCGGCACCGGAGCGCAGACGGUUAAAGAGGCAGCGCUGCGAUGCUUGUUAUAUAACACAGAGACAUCGCGGGGGUCCGUCACACGCGGUCCGUCGGAGGGAUGCCGCCAUAAGCAGCAUCAGCACCGCAAGGAAGGAGCAUCAGUCAGUCCGUGGUCCUUCAGCGGCCACAGCGUCCAGAGGAGAAGGUUCGAGAGUCGGACCCGUCGGAACCACCCAGAAACGGGGCUGCGCUCCAGGGGUCAUUAGUGUAAAGAUCACCAGUACUGAUCACUACUACUCAUCAUCAUCAUCAUCGAUCGGACUGCGCGCUCCUGCACGUGGAGAAGUGGACAAAAGGGAGGAGGAGGAGCAGUGCUGCGAACAGACAGACAGACAGACAGACAAACGGACAGACAGAUCCGCAGCAAACCAGCGCUGUGCGAAACGCGAUGAGCCCUUUCCAGGAAUACGAGGCCAACAGCAAGGCGCCGGGAAGGGAGGGUCAGCGCAGCCGGAUCCCCCGCCCGGUGCUGCGGCCCUGCGGCCCGGGGCAGAAACGGGGGCCGCUGCCGGACCCCCCCCCUUCGGAGGAGAAGAGCCGCAGGUGCUCGAGGAGAACCACCAGCCAUAACAGCUUCUGCUCAGAUGACACGGGAUGCCCCAGUAGCCAUGCGGGCUCCCCCUCGGGCACAGACAACAGCCCCCUGGGGUCUCCCCUGCCCCGCGAGCGCAGGGGCAACAGGAAGAGGGUGUGUGUGGAGGUGACGGCGGCCGGCAGGACCUCGCAGCCGAGACGCAGAGGGGACCCCCGUCCAACCGGCCGUCCUCCAGCAGGAGAUGGAGACUUCGGCUCCUCCAGCAGUGCAGGGAGCAGCGGCAGCAAGUGGCAGCAGCGUUCCCUGGCGUCCCGCUCCCCACACCUGCGCAGGACCGUUGCAUCCGCACGGGGCAAGGAGCCACGCACCCCCGACAGGACGCUUCCCCGCCCCAGCUCCACCAGCCAUGGUUUGACCUCCACCCCCAGCAGGCAGCAGUACCAUUCCUGUGGGGACAACCAUGGCAUCAAGCCCCCGAACCCGGAGCAGUACCUGACCCCCCUGCAGCAGAAGGAGGUCGUCAUCAGACACCUGAGGGUCAAGCUGAAGGAGUCUGAGAGCAGAGCCCACGAAAGGGAGGCCCAGGUGGAGGAGCUGAAGGCGCAGCUGUGCCGCAUGCGGGACGACUGGAUCGAGGAGGAGUGCCACCGCGUGGAGGCGCAGCUCGCUCUCAAAGAGGCGCGCAGGGAGAUCAGGCAGCUGCGCCACGUCGUGGAGACCAUGAGGAGCAGCCUCAUCGAGAAGGAUAAGGGCAUCCAGAAGUACUUCAUUGACAUCAACCUCCAGAACCGCAAGCUGGAGGCUCUGCUGCGCAGCAUGGAGGCGGCCCAGGGUGGUGGCGUGCCGGAGGAGGGCGCGCCGGGCGGUUGCGGGCGGGAGGCGGCCGAGGAGACGGCGGACAGCGGCCUCCCGGCCGGCGACGACACGCUCGACUGGGCGGACGCCUCCGAACCGCAGCUGACCUCGACCGCUUUCGAUUCGAGCCCGGGGGCGGAGCCGGAUCCUGUGCAGCAGCAGACCCCAGCCUCCACUUCCGAGGAGAAGGCGGUCCAGACCGAUGUGGUGCCGAGUCCCCCGGAGCUGCAGGCCCUCCUCCUGCACCUGCUGAAGCUCCGCGAUGCCGGCGUCCUCCCAGAAGUCCCUGCGGAGAAGUGGCAAAACGCGGAGACCUCCGGAGGGCCGACGUCCUGGAUGCCCCUCGCCGCCGCUUCUCCCGAGGGGCCCAAUGUGGGAGGCAGCAGCUCGGGGCAGGACCCGGCACUGCUGGGAGGCGGGUCUCCGGUGGCCAAGCGGCACUGGAGCAGCAGCUUCCUGGUGGACCUGGCGGCCGUGGCGGCGCCGGCACUGCCCACACUGGCGUGGCUCUACUGCACGCACCGCGCCGGCACGGAGCCCGUGUACAACAUCGCGUCGCUCAUCCGCGGCUGCUGCGUCGUGGGCCUGCGCUCGCUGCGCCGGGUCUCGCCGGCCUCCGGCGUGUGACAGGGUCCCGGCCCGGCAAGCACCUCCACUCCACUUGACCCCGGUCGCAUGGCCGCGCUCGUCAGCCCAUCGCACGUGUAUAUAAUCGAUGUAUAUAGGAAUGAUGUUCCCUGCCCGACUUGCACUGUGUACAGUUGCCAUGGCGAUAGCAAUACGUAACCAGAAAGGGGGUUUAUUGUUUACGGGUUUUUAUUUCCCUCAGACGCUUCUUGUUGCAGUUUUCCCCUAAACUAAUCAGCUGGGCAGGUGGUUAGGCUGCAGUUCUCAGUUGCGGAGCGUUUUUCUUUAUUUGUGAGAGUUUUGAUCAUGGUUAUUUGUUUGGCGCGCGGCUCGGGGAGAGGAUGUACAUGGUCACACUGGCUGCUCCCCCGCUAACGUGGUCCUCCUGUGAUUCCUGUGUGGUAAACCAAAGUUUCACACCCUUCGCGCUUCAAGUGUGCAACACAGCGUGUGGUGUUGGAGUCUUUCGUGUUCCCAUGGUGACCGGUUCUCCAGUGUCACCUGUCGUGUGUUACCUGCCUGAACUACGUGCAAUAGAACUUCACUGUUGGCAUUAAUUGUCCAGAUAUUUAUUAAUAAAGCAUGAUAAUCCU